CAGCCCACACUGGACAUCGCAGCCCACAGAGCUGCACAUCAGCUGUGGAGGGAGCCUCAUUGCCACCAUGAACUUCUCCGGCAAGUACCAACUACAGAGCCAGGAAAACUUUGAGGCCUUCAUGAAGGCAGUCGGUCUGCCUGACGAACUCAUCCAGAAGGGGAAGGACAUCAAGGGGGUGUCGGAGAUCGUGCAGAACGGGAAGCACUUCAAGCUCACCAUCACCACGGGGUCCAAAGUGAUCCAAAAUGAGUUCACUUUGGGGGAGGAGUGUGAGCUGGAGACCAUGACUGGGGAGAAGGUCAAGGCAGUGGUUCAGAUGGAAGGUGACAAUAAGCUGGUGACAACUUUCAAAGGCAUCAAGUCUGUGACCGAACUCAAUGGCGACACAAUCACCAAUACCAUGACACUGAAUAACAUUGUCUUCAAGAGAAUCAGCAAGAGAAUUUAGACAAGUCUGCAUUUCAUAUUCUUUUACUGUGUAAAAUUAAUGUAAUAAAGCGAACUUUGUUUUAAAAAAAGAAGU